CAGAGGAUGGUGCUAGUUGUUUUUGCCCACCAAGCACCACACCACCAUGCACGAGCGACCACUAAGGAGCCACUGGCCACAACUUGAUGGAUUUUUAUCGAUUGAGAGUAGCCAUCCCAACCAAUCACAUGGUUGCCACUAUUACUGGCUUCAUGCUAAUUGUACCAAGUUGCAUUGACUCUUUGUCUGUUUCUAAGAGCUAGUAAAAUGAAAUAUGUAGAGAGAAAUCCUACCCUUUGUCCAUUUCUCGGAAUCAAUGUAAUAGAAAUAUGUAGAAAUGUGUAACCUUUUGCUUGUUUUCGGAGGCUAAGUAAAAUACAAGUCUAACCUUUUGUCCAUCGUUGAGAGCUAUAUAAAUGUAGUAAAAUUUGCUCGUUGUUUAUUGAUAGGAACUAGUGUCAGAGAUAUGUAGAAUAAAUGGUUGGCCUUUUAUCCAUUGCUAGGAACUAUGUAAAUGUGAUAGAAUCAGCUCUUUGUCUUUUGAUGGGAGGCAUGUAGAUAUAGCAAGAUAGGCUCUUUAUCCAUUGCUGGGAGUCAAUUGUAGCAGUAAACAUUGUAGUAGAGAUCAUGGCCUUGGGAAAACGUUCAACCUUGUCAUAAAGAUAAAUGUAGUCAUGUCUGGCCAUGUAUGUAAGAAUGGUAUUGAAGGAGAUCAUGUUUGCAAUAUUUCCAAUGAAGUGAGUGAACAUUGCUUCUAGCGAUACUGACUUCGUUGCAGUCAUUAGUAGAAAAUAAAAUAUAACAAAUCUG